AUGAAGCGCUCAUUUGCGAAAUAUAAAGUGUUUGUUACCCGUUCUGAUAUGCCAGAACAAGGUAUUUCGUUGUUAAAGAAAGAGUGUGAUGUAACUUUAUGGAACAAACCAUCACCAGUCCCAAGAGCAGAUUUUCUAAAAUCCAUACCUGGUAUGAAUGCUAUCUUCUGCGCUCUCAGUGAUAAGAUUGACAAGGAGGUGUUGGAAGCUGCAGGCUCAAGCUUGAAGGUGGUCUCAACUAUAUCUGUUGGCUAUGACCAUAUCGAUCUAAAUGAGUGUAAGAAGAGAGGUAUCAGGAUUGGAUAUACUCCUGAUGUAUUGACCGAUGCUACUGCUGAAUUGACAGUAGCCCUACUUCUUGCAACAUCACGUCGUUUAUCUGAAGCUAUCGACGAGGCUCGCACUGGUGGUUGGGUGUCCUGGGCUCCGACUUGGAUGACAGGACCUGGCCUGCAGGGCGCUACUGUCGGUAUAGCCGGCUUCGGUCGCAUCGGUCAGGCCGUGGCCAAACGUGUCAAGGCUUUCAAUACUGGCAAGAUUAUCUACUACAAUCGCAGUGAGAAAAGAGAAGCAAAGGAAAUUGGUGCAGAUAAAGUAAGCUUUGAUGACCUUUUAAAGAAAAGCGACUUUAUCAUUUGUUGUGCUGCAUUAGUACCAGAAACUAAAGAAAUUUUUAACAAGGCAGCUUUUGAAAAGAUGAAGAAAUCAGCAAUUUUUGUUAACACCAGCCGGGGACAGCUUGUAGAUCAAAAUGCUUUGAUAGAAGCGCUACAAAAUAAUACAAUAAGAGCUGCAGGACUGGAUGUGACUUCUCCGGAACCGUUGCCGUUAGAUAGCCCAUUAUUAAAAAUGAAGAAUUGUGUGAUACUUCCUCAUAUAGGAAGUGCUUCAAUUGAAGCUAGGAAUACAAUGAGUGAGCUUGUGGCGAAGAAUAUAUUAGCAGCCUUAGAAGGAACUAAUAUGCCAUCAGAGUUAGUAAUAUCAAACAAAUAG